AUGGACAUCGCAAAUUACUUUCUGAUCAAAAGACGCACAGACUCGCCUACUUCCGAUCAUGGAGAUGAGAUCGCCAUUGCGGCCUUGUAUCUGUUGGUAAUGAUGAUCAUGGCUGUGCUGAUCCGUCUUGCCUUUCGAUUCUCUAUGCUUCGGUCAUUCCAACGAGAUGAUGGCAUAAUUUCUCUUGCACUGGUCUUCGGCAUCGCGCAAUCUGCUGUUAUCUUUCAAGGGACAAAAGAUGGUAUGGGAAAGCGUCAAUCCGCCUUGAGUACGCAGCAAGUGAUCGAUGUGGAAAAGUGCCUAUACGCAUCUGAUCUCCUUUACGUUCUUGCCAUUGGCCUCACAAAAGUCUCCGUCUUGGAAUUUCUGAACAAACUUAUGCUUUUGGUCAUCGAUCGCCGUGACGAUCUGGAUAUUUCCAGUCUUCUUUACUUUGGCUUUCAAAUGCGGAGUACCAAGGCCAUGGGAAAUGGAUAA